AUGAGUACAAGUAGAUAUGUAGCAAAGAAGCUUCAGCCAUUUAUCACUUCUAAGUUAGAACUGACUUAAUAACUUGAAAACUUAGAGAAGGAAUAAAAGGAAGAGGAAAGACUGAAUGAUUAAUACUUCGAUAUAUUAGGAAGAAUGGAAAAAGUAAAAAUGAAAAUCAUCUAUAAAUUUAGGAAUAUGAAACUCUUGUUCACAUUUUAGAAGAUUAUAAUCGGAGGACAGUUGUAAAAUAGAAUGGAGAUACUGAUUAAGAUUAAAAUUUAGAUUCUCGGAUUGAAAAAGCAGUUAUUGAGACUUUGAAUUUAUACUUAUUAGGAAAUAGUAGAAAAGAAUAAUUAGAAGCAUUGUAAGAAAGAGAAGUAGCUAAAAAAUAAUCUGCCUUGAAUCUGACUCUUGGAAAGACUGUCAUAACAGAAUAAAAAUAAGUCGAAGAUGAGAAUGAAUUAAAUGAAGAUGAAUAUGGUUAUUAUGUAACAUUGAAAUCUGAUCAUACUUCUAUGGAAGUUAAAAUACCUGCAACAAUUAAAACAUUUAAAGAAUUGAAGUAGAUUGUCAAAUCUUGUCUUAUGCUUGAAGAAAAUGAAAUAUUUUGCACAGAUCUGAUGGGCAAUCUGUUUUAAGAUGAUAUGAAUUUAUUAAAUCAAAUUUAUCCUCCUCUUUAUGAUUUAAUGAAAAAUUAUUAACCAAUUAUUGGAAUUGAAGUAGUAAAGUAAGUUAAAUUAAAGGAACUUAUUUAAAGUGGAGAUGAAAGUUUAUUAUCUGAUGAUGGAGCAAGAUAUUUCAUUAAAAGAUUAAAAACAACUAAACCUGUUUAAAAAAAAAUUAAUUGGAGUUUAUAUCUAGGCUAUUUAAACAAUUUUAAAUAUUUUAUUGAAACUAUUUUGUUUCUUAUGGUUUUAGGAUUAUUUUUAGUUGUUCAAAUUGAUUAAGUUAAAUUUACAACAAGUUCUUCUGUUUUAACUUCAUUUGGAAAACAAAUGUAAGUUUCUAAAUCACUUAUAUCACCAAUCAAAAAUAUAUCAUAACUUAUAAAUUAAACACUUACAUACAAUAAUGAUAAUCAUUAAUAUCCUUCAUAUCCUUUAGUAACUGGAUUACUAAUCUAAACUUUAGUCAAAUAAGUAAUUAUAAUAUUGAUCUAGGAAAAAUUAGAAGAUUGUUCUAUUUUGAAUAACAAUUAGAAAUAAAUGUUUAUUGAUAAAAAUUAAAGUUGUUUAGAUUUCUCCACUAUUUUAAUGGAUAAUUUAACUGAAGAUUAUUAAUUUAAUAGGUUUAAUCCAUCUAUUUACAAUGAAUAAUUUGGUGGAUAUGUAUGGGAGUUGAAUUUAGGAUCCAAAGAAGAAUUUAAUUAAAAUAUUGAAUUACUAUUUUAAUAGAAUUGGGUUAAAUAUAAUAUUAAGUAAUCUAAAUUUAUAUUAAAUUAUUUCAAUUCUCCAACGAAUAGACUUAUUUAAGUGGUUAUUACAACUAUUUACUUAUUUAAUGAUGUAGCAACUUAUAUUAAUUUAGAUGUUAUUAAAUUAUAAUACUAUUACCUUAGAUUCAUUUGAUCUUAGCAAAACUUCAGAAACUGAAGAUUUUUAUGAUGAAAUUAUAUUUUAUUUAUCCAUUCUAUUAUUAUCAUCAUCAUUACUAGGUAAGGACAAUAUAAUAAAUUAUAGAUUUCUUUGCAAUAUAUUUAAAGACAUCUGACAACCCUUUUAUUUUCUUAUAUCAAUCCUAUACUGAUUUAAAAAACAAAUAAAAAAAGUUAUAAUCUAGAAAAAAAGAAUUGUCAAGUGUAGAAUAAUAAGAAUUACAAUAGAAAGAACUAAUAAUUGGAGAUUAUUUUAUAAUGAAAAUAUCUGUUGUUUAUCUUGUAAUUAAAAUUCCUUUAAUAUUUGACUUUGUUUGUACAAUUUAGAAAUAUAUUAGAUAUAUUAUCAAAUAUAGCCAUAAUAAUAAGAGGAACAAUAUAAGAAGUAUAUAUGAAUGCUUUAAAUGAUAUUUAAAUAAAUUCAAAUGAAUUUUAAGAUGCAUCUUAAUUAAUUGUUCCAGCAUUUUUGUUGAGAAUAUUUACAGGAGUUUUGAUUAUAUUUUUGAUGGCUUCAAUAAUUAGAUUUUUAGGUAAUUGGAGUCCAUAUCUAAAAUGUUAUGGUUUAGUGAUGAUAAGAGUAAACUAUUUGAUCAUCAUAUUAGUUCAAUAAAUAAUCUUCAUUUUUAUUAUUAGUUCUCAUAUUUAUUAUUAGUAUCAGUGCAAUGUCAUGGUCUAUAACAAUUUAAGGAAAGAUAAUAGGAUAAGAUAAUUUCUUCUAUGAUUUCCUUGGUUUAUUACGUUGUACUUUAAAAUACGGUAUGCAUAAUGACAUAGGAGAUUAAGGACUGGAAAAUAAUUAUUAAAAAGAAAUUAGUUAUUCUUUUGAAACUAGAUAUGUAUUUAAGAUCUUUAAAAUUAAGCUAUAAUAUUUGAUAAUUUUAGUUAUAACUUUUAUAAUGAUUCCAAUAUUCAUCUCCUUAAUGACUUAACAAGUUCACAACACUAAAGUAGAAGCAAAAUAAAAAAUGAUAGAGAUGGAAAAAGAGAAAGAAGAAAAUAAGUAAAAAUAAAAAUGA